CAGCGGGAGCUGUUUUAAAAGAGGAGGAGAGCAGAGUUCUGAAGAGCUGAGAGCAAGCGAAAGUGCACGGAGCAGAUACGCAGAAGCCGAAACUGACCAGGGCGCUAGAGCACCCGAGACCUGCAACUCUACAAAACUGACUGACGGAGCGCUCCGGAACAGGAGACUGCAAGGAAGCCCAGCGGGCGGAGAGACUUUCCCAGCUCCCUAAGACACCUGAGCUCGGGCCAUGAAGCUCUUGACAGCACUACUGCUCCUGCUGCUCCUCGUGUUCUGCUGCGUCGGGGUGGAGGGGUCAAAAUGCAAAUGUUCAAGGAAAGGACCAAAGAUAAGAUACAGUGAUGUCAAGAAGCUGGAAAUGAAACCAAAGUACCCGCACUGUGAAGAGAAAAUGGUUAUCAUCACUACCAAGAGUAUGUCACGGUAUCGGGGACAAGAACACUGCCUACAUCCCAAACUCCAGAGCACAAAGAGAUUCAUCAAGUGGUAUAACGCAUGGAAUGAAAAACGCAGGGUCUAUGAAGAGUAAGACAAGAGAAUCCUAAUAAAAAAAGUCAAAUUUUUGGAAGACUUGAACAAAGGACUCUGCAGAAAAACCUUUGUUUCUCACAGACAUAAGACAACACAAAUAAUAUAUUGUUACAAAAGCACUUUUUAUCAAGGGUCAGUUUUUACAUUUUAUAGCUGUUU